AUGCUUUCGGACACUCUGUCGGCCAGGUCCUACCUCGAGCUAGGCGAAGUACUAGCUCCGCGGGCCGAAACAUCACAAAGUUCCGAAACCCCUCAGAGCCUGGAAUCGGCCCUUGAAACUCCCUUGGAAGGAGAGGAUAGGUCGGGCCCGCACUUGCGGCCUAGAAAGAACCCACCAGCAAUGCCGGAGAAGACCGAGAUGGGUCCCGAUAGACCUAUCCCUAUCCGUAAACGAGGCCGACCGAGACUAGAGACAACCAAAGAUGCCGUUGCGAUAGAGGAACGGCGCAUGCAGGUUCGUCGUGCUCAGCGUACUUACCGACAGAAAAAAGACACAACAAUCCAGACCCUGAAAGCACGUGUAGAAGUGCUGGAACAGACACUUCAGAAUGUGUCAAAUCUGCUUGGCCCAACGGACCAUAACGUCAACAACAAAAAUGCUACUGACACCAUCGGGCCAAGUGCACAUGAUUACGGUCGCACCAAGCGACUAAUCCUUGCUGAAAUCAACAAAACCCGGUCAUCCUCACACGAGAAAUCGUCAGCCAACAAUAAUAAAUACCAACAAGUCAUACACAAUACUGAAACUCCUGAAAAUAAAUGGAACAUGUUCGGAUAUAAUGUCUUCCACACCAACGACCAAGUAUUGGAAUCAAAUCCCCACAGAUCCAGAUCCAGAUCCAGAUCCAUCCCUCGAUCACCCACCCCACUACUCAACCGCCUCUUCCCCACAACAACAAUCUAUACCUACAGCAACCAAGAAUCAAACCUAUCGCGGCGCCUCCACCGCUUCUGUCUCGAGCACAUAUACCGCUGGCUGACAGACCCACAUUCCGACCCAGGCCUCAUGACCCGUGUCUUCGGCCUCCUCCCAUGCAUCCACGACAUACCCGGCGUAUGUCGGAAUUUUCGUCGUAUCCUUCAAUCGGAGAUAGGCAGUCCGCUCGAGGGCACGAAACUCCCAUUCUAUGUCCUCGGGGGUGCGGGGACGCAUUUUCCUCGUGCCGAGUCAGCCAUGCCUGGAAAUGUGCGGAGGCCGGGCAAGAUCUUGCGCAGGUUCGCGUGGAUCUUACGGAGAGGUGGGAUUCGGGAUUGGGAUGAGGAUUGGAGUGGAGAUGCGGAGCCGGAGAGACCUGAGAUUUCUUCGCCUAUGAGUGUAGAGGAUCGUUUGCGCUCUUUGGAUCUUGAUGGGGAUUGGUUUGAUUGCUAUGAUGUCCAGGGAUACUUGGAACAUCGGGGUGUUGUGUUUGAUGGUUCGUCCUUGUGGUUAAAGGUCCCUGCUCGGACCGUUGGAGAUCUUUACGGUGUUUCAUCAGAUGGAUCUGCAGCUCGGGUAUAUGGUGUGAACGAGGCCUCGCCAAAUGACAUGAGCGGUUGGCGUUAUCUGAGCCAAUCGACUUAUGUGUUGGAUGUGGAGUGUUUCUUUGACUUGCUGCUAGCCAACUUGAGGAUAUUAGGCCGAGCUCCUGGAUUUCGAUUGUGGGACGUAGACGCGGCUCUGCGGACAGCGAUCCACCGGCGGUCGUUUGGUUAA